UCGCUGCACAGUUCAGUGCGCCCCCCUCAUUUGGAUUCAGUUUCGGAAAGGGAGACGAUGGCAAGCAUGUUGUGGAACAACUGGCCGUGAACACUGCAGGCAGCGCAGCUCGGGACCACGUUGGAAGCGUUUACAGUGUGUGAAUAGGUGUGUUAUGAUGGAAAUCUGAUGAAUUAGUGGAAUUAGAAACAGCAUGAAGGCAUCUGGCUGUCAGGUUCCAGGCAGUGGAUGCGCGCUGCAUCCAGAGCCAACAACAGGAUGAACUGAGACAUUACGCGCAGAGGUUGCCAGCGGCGAGCGUUAGAUUUGACCUCUGUGGGAAUAAUUUCUGGUACAAUCAACAUGGUGAGGAUGUAUCAAUGAAGAAUGUGACUGCGUCUGGCUCUCUCCAAACGGGGUGGAUGAAGCCCUCGGCAGUGUCAUGCGUCUUGCCCCGCAGCCAAGCGCGCAACCCUUGCGGCUCAUAGCUCUGUUCCUCCUCACUGCGGGGGUGAACACAUCCCCGGUUCUCUCCACGGGCUGCCCGGACAGGUGUGUGUGUGAUGACCAGCUGGUGGUUCAAUGCGCUGGGCAGCACCUGACCACCUUCCCGGUCAACUUGCCGCUGGCCACGCGGCAGCUCAUCAUCUCCAACAACCGCAUCGUGGAGCUGCCGCCGCUUGCGCUCAACUACCUCUCCGAUCUGGUGUACCUAGACUGCAGCAACAACUCUCUGACGGAAAUAUCAGAGUCCACGUUUGGGAAUCUACGGAAGCUGGCCUAUCUGGACCUCUCCUUCAACACUUUGAGCCGGAUCGAGGACAGGACAUUCGGUCCCUUGGCGAGCCUGGUGAUGCUGAGGAUGACCGACAACCCGGGACUCUCCGAGAUUCACCAGGACGCCUUUGCGGAAAACGCGGCCCUUCAAGUGCUGGAUGUGAGUCGGAACAACCUGACGGUCCUGAACAUCACCUCCCUGAUAGCGCUGCCCUCCCUGCGCUCGGUUGGCCUGAGUGGGAACCCUUGGAGCUGCGAGUGCGACAACGAAGACCUGUGCCUGUGGGUCCACCUGGAGGGCUUCAAGUUCCAAGAUGAGGGCCAGACAGUGUGUGGCUCCCCUGUUGACAUGCAGGGCCGCCGUCUGGGUGAGGUGGGCAUACAGCUACGGACGUUAUGUCAUCAGACUCUGGGCUCCUGGGACUACCUUUUCUUUGUUGUCAUCGGCUUUGUCAUCUUUGCCGCUGGCACCGUGUCGGCCUGGGUGAUGGGCGUCAUCAUGGUGCUCUAUGAGCGCUACAUCAAGAAGAAAGACGAACAGCUUGAUGUGGACGACGACGAAGGAACCAGUGAGACGGGCCGUACCUCGAGGGCUAGGAGUGACCAUGGCAACGGGAAUUUGAAAACGUCACAUACUGUUUAAAAGAUUUAAUCCCACCGUGCCUCCUGUCUAUAAAGUCUAAGCACACUCCAGUCUAAAUGAGUCUGUUUAACAGGUUCAGCUCUCAGAGAAGAGAAGGAGUUCAACAGAGAUGAGGAUUUUCACUGUUCUCAUUUGUAGUGUGCUUUCAGGUGAUGUAAAAAGCACCCUGGUUGCCACUGUGGAGGCCUCCAGCUGUUGUGUAUCACUGAUCAUAUAUGUAGAUGUAUUACUAUGUGAUUUAUUAAGUUGCAGUAUUUGGCAGCAAUGAAGCUUUAAUCAACCAAACUGGUUACUUUAGCAGCUUGCUGCUCUGAGGAUUGCAGAAUGUUUUAACUGGAAGUGACCAUAUUACGAGCACCUGCUCAAUUUGGCCUGUGUGCCAGUAACAGUGGUCACAUUUACCAGCUGGAAUAAUAGCUUCACGUUUUGAGAAUGUUGAUACCCCUCUCGUAUCUGUCUGUUAAAUAUGCAGCUACAGCUUUAUAUUUAAUAGACAGAUAUUGGCUUAGUUUAGAAUAACAUCUGGAAACAAAUACACAGUGAGUCUGGCUCUGUUCAAAGCCUUCCAACACCUCUAAGGUUUAUAGAUUAACAUGUUUUACCUUGUUUAUUUUCUUGACCAGGAGCAGCAUCUCAGCAGGGUCUGUGAGAACUGUUCCUAGUAUAACAGGUCAGACACAUGAAAUCUCUUAAAAUGGCAAAUUGUCAUUUUUGCACUUUGGUUUUUGUACAAAUGAAACAAACAAAUUGCGUGUUAUAGUGAACUUUAGAGGUGCUGGUAGAUGGGUUUUGUUAUCUUUGGACAAAUGAGCCAAACUACCUCCCCUGUCUCCAGUCUUUAUGCUAACUGACUGACUGCUGGCUGUAGCUAUGCAUUUAAUAGGUGGAUAUGAGAGUGGCAUCAAUCUUCUAAUUUGACUCUUAAGCAAGAGUGUUUCCUGAAAAUGUCAAACUAUUCCUUCAACCACAAUCUGGGUUCCAGCUACAGUAAGGGGCCGCAGUACUCAUCGUAGUCCAACUCAGACCAUCAGCUAUCUUAGCUGGUAUAAACUGCUUGUUUUUCAAAAGAUUUUUCCGUGUGGGGGGUGGGAAUAAAAUUGACUUUAUCUUUA